AUGGCCGUCCAAAAUUGGAAGACAGAAGUGUGUAGUGGGCGGAUACCUACCUACUGCAUGUUUCAUUGGGCAUGGUUGAUGUGGCAACAGCAUUUCAGGCUCCCAUGGGCAUUUGAGCAAGUGGACGGAAUCCUGCCAGGGCUGGGGCUCGUCGACCAAGCAUCUGGCUGCUGUUGGAAAAGGCAGGCGCGUGGGGAAGUGUGUUCGGGGAUCGAGAAUAGUUUUGUGCAGCGUCUCUCUGCUCGGGACGUUUCGAAGGACGCUGAUGGUGCCGCCGUCCCUGAUCGCCCACCACCACAUUGCGCGCUUGCCAAGUGCCGACAUGACAUAGCCGUUUUGAACGACCGCAUGGCGCCCUUCUGCUGCAACAAACGUGCAUGGUGCCACCUUUAG